AUGAGAAAGGUGCGUUCUGUUUCGUACCGAGAGAAUGAAAGCAUUGAAGACUCAGUCACGGGGGAUGGCGCCAUUGAAUUGAAUCAUCAUCGUCUUGAUGAUGAUGACUCUACGCUGUUACACAACCUUGCAUCGAACACACCUUCUAAUCUGCAUCACAAAAGAAAUGCCAAGACAACACGCAAAUCAUUCAAGUCAGCAACAACAACAUCCAAACAUACUUCCAAUGGCGUUGAUUCUUUUCUUUCAUCAUUCGGAUCAUCGCUGAGCAACAACAACAACCAUUCCUCUCGCUCUGCCACUCCCGAUCUUUUGCUAACGAAUUCACCCACAACCAAUACAAAUAUCACAUCACCACGAUACAAACUGUCACCUCUCUUUAUUCCUCAAAGCUCUCAAUCAACAACUUCAAUACUCCACACUUCUGAAUCUUCAUCUUCACUGUACAUUCCAUCCCCACUUUUACCUCCUUCAUCGUCAUCUCAUCCCAAUAAAUCAAUAAUCGACAUGGAAAUUGAACAACUCCGAUUGGAAAUUGAAGAUUUAAAACAAGUGGUUGAAAGUAUGAUGGACGAAAGCCAUUCAUACACUAUCAAAUAUACCAGAAGAAUUCUCAUAUUUAGCAAUACAUUGAUCUCAAUCUAUGCUGUAGGGCGUCGAUUCUACGAUAUCAUUUAUUCCAAUAAGGGAACUAUUUUAAAUCCAUUUACAUACAUUUCAAUAUUUAAAAACAGAAAAUCCAAUAGUGCUGGGACGGGGGAUUUACAAUUGAAUUCAAAAUUUUUCUCCAACAUGGAAGCUCUCAACAAGUAUGGAAUAACGUCAAAAAGACAAAUUGGAAGAAUGUUAUUGGAUCGAUUAUCAAACGGAGGAAAGAAUUCGUCUCCAUUGGAUUCUACUUCAAGAAAAAUUUUCUCAUCGUCGCUUCCUUCUUCUCUUUAUCAAUCGUCUUCUGGAAGAUUGGCUAAUUUUGUGAAAAAUAUUCGAAAUUCAAAACAAGUAUAUGCACCAUCUUCAAAUUCAUCUACAAAGACCAAACAUACAAAUAGAGGAGAGUUUCUUUGGAGAAUAUUUGGAUUGAUAUGGAAAGAGUUUCUGUGCGCAGCAUUAUUGACAUUGAGUUCAUAUUGGCUAAUGAAAUCAGAGUCUUACAAGAGACAAAUUGCAGUCGUGUUAAGCUUACUUGCAAAUUUAUAUCUAGCUCUUACAACAGAUAUUUCUCCCUGGGCUAUUUACUUUAAUUUUGUUAGCAUUUUCCUCUACAUUACAGCCCAAUACGUGAAAAAUACUCCUGAAAGUAUGGAAAAAGUCAAAAUGCUUGCUUCAAAUUUAACCAAGUCUCUUUCUAUCAGUCAGACCAAUAUUGAAGAGGUCAUUGAUGAAAAUUUGAAAGAUACAUGCACAGUUUCAGCAACUUUUGUUGAAGAAAAACCAAUUACUGCUGCCUCUUCAAAUGGUACAACCCCUUCCUACCAACAUCAUGAUCAUAUGACUGACUAA